CUCUGUCUCUCAUGGUCUCAGACAAUGCUCUGAAUUGACGAGAAAGACUCGACCCCGACCGAGCACCACAGCAACUGACCUCUGCUGCAAUGCGUAGCUAAAGUUGAUCGACCCGAGGAGCGCAGCUAAUUUGGUUUGUACUACAUCAGCGCGCACAAUUUGGCGACAACUCUUUCUAUUGAAAAAAAUAUUACUCAGGUGUCCAUACAACAACAAUGGAGAGGAGGGCACUGCUCGUUCUCGUUGUCUGUUGGCUCGGAUUACUCCUCUCUCCAGGAGCAGGAGCAGCUGACGACCACCUACCUCAUGACAAUAACCAAACGUCCGGUGGCGUUCAGUCAUUCUGUCAGGCGCUGGAUCCAUCCCCGCAGGUGCAGCCUUUCGUAGAGGAGCUCACUCAGCCGCCGGUCAUUGACAUCUCCACGGGCCAGCAGCUCACUCUUGGCGUCUAUAAAAUCAAACAGAAAUUCCACCCCGACCUUCCGGAGACGACUCUGUACGCUUACGGGACGAGCGAGGCGACGGCGUCGUCGCCAGGCCCGACGCUGGUGGCUACCAGAGGCAACGAGUCGUACGUGCGAUGGGAGAAUCACCUCAACGACACGCAGCAUUUCCUGACGGUCGACCACACUAUCCAUUGGGCCAAUCCGAAAACCGGCGGAGUGCCCAUCGUCACGCACCUCCACGGCGGCGAAGUCCUGUCGGAGUCCGACGGGUACCCCGACGCCUGGUACACCAGCAGCGGGGAACUGGGUCCGUCCUUCACCACGCAGAACUACACGUACGCCAACUCCCAGCCCGCGGCGCUACUGUGGUACCACGACCACACGGUUGGCAUCACUCGGCUCAACAUGCUGGCCGGCAUGAACGGCAUGUACGUGGUCAAGUCACCCGGUGAGGAACCGGCGAAUCUGCCGUCCGGCGAGUUUGAGCGACUCAUCGUCGUCCAAGACAAGCAGUUUCACGCCGACGGCGCCGUCAACUUCCCCACGGUUGGAGUGUCGCCGGGCGUGCACCCGAGCUGGUGCCCGGAGUACUACGGCGACACCAUCAUCCUCAACGGCAAGGCCUGGCCCUUCAUGACCGUCUACCCGACCGCGUACCGCUUCCGCAUGGUGAACGCCGCCAACGCGCGCUACUUCGUCAUGACGCUCAGCGACCCGCGACUGCGGUUUUACCAGAUCGGCACCGACGGCGGCUACCUCCACAUGCCCCUCAACCUCACCAUGCUGACCAUGGGCCCCGCCGAGAGGCUCGACUUCCUCGUCGACUUCUCGACGGUGCAGCCCGGCACCGUCGCGUACCUCAACAACUCCGGCAACGCGCCGUACCCCGACGGAGACCCGGCGGUCGGCUUAACGACUGUGAUGCUGAAGUUCAACGUGGUCGCGGCGCCUGAGAACUCGACGCUACCGCCGUUCGACCUGCCGGCGACGCAGGUGCUGUCCCCGAUGGUGAAUAUCAGCACGGACGGCGCCAUCGUGAGGAGGAUGACGCUGACGGAGUACGACGACGGCAACGAAAACCCGACCGGCUCGCUGCUGAACGGGCUGAGGUGGAGGGACCCGCUGACGGAGACGCCGGAGCUGAACACGACGGAGGUGUGGGAGAUCAUCAACCUGACGGAGGACGCGCACCCCAUCCACCUGCACCUGGUAUCGUUCCUGGUCAAGAGUCAGCAGGCCUUCGACGCCGUAAGGCAGACCGCCUACAACUGCUCCUUCUACGUAGCUUACCCCGACCCCAUGAGCUGUUUCACGGAGCCCCCGCAGGAGCCCGAACUGCACCAUCUCGGUUGGAAGGACACGGCUACCGUGUACCCCGGCAAGAUCACGAAGUUCGUGGUGAGAUGGGCGACGCAGUCCGGCCACCAGUUCUCGUUCGAUGCCACCAGCGGCCCCGGCUACGUUUGGCACUGUCACAUUCUGGACCACGAGGACAAUGACAUGAUGAGGCCUCUGAAGAUGAUGGCCGCCAAUUCUACCCAGCUCCCGUAAUUCUGCUGAGAAUUUAUCUCCCCCGUGUUCGAUCCGGCCAUGUCUCUCCAGUUGCCCGUCUGUGUACAGCGUGCGUGUGCGAGUGCGUGUGAGAAUCAGCGAUGCAGCCCCUAGGCAUAGAAGUUAUGGACUGAAAGUGGGAUUUGGAGGACUGAGAGCGAAGAGCAGAUGAAAUCAGAUGGUGUGUCGAAUGGUGUGGGUCAGUGAGGAUCGUAGGAACAAGGGGAGGAAAUAAGACUCUUCCGGCAGGAAAGCGCAAAGCAGAUUGCGAAGAGGGAAUAGAUGAGACGGUCAUUGUCCAUAGUAGAUCAGAGGGCAAUUAAUAAUUGCCUGUGUUUUGUUGCGAAGUUUAUGUAUAGCAUGCAAUUGCUUUAUGGAAAGAGCCCCGGUGAUUUAUUUCUUUUUUGUCUCAGAAGCACUCAAAGCAGAGCAACUUUCUCAAAUUUGAUGCCUAGAUUGCUCUUCAGUAUCCUUCAGCAAAGAGGAGAUUCGUCUAUAUGGAUGAAUUCGAAGUAUUAUCGAAUGCAUUUAAGGGAGGAUCUGAUUUGGGUGCUAGGGGAGACUGUUGGACGAUGUAAUUGGCACAA